AUAAAGUCUAGCAGCUUCAGGAGCACAAGCAGCAGCACCGCGGCCAUGCAGCCAGGAGCGGCUGGGACAGAGAGCUAUUAGGCACGAGCAGUUGCAUUUAUCAAUCAGUUAUAACUCUGCAACAGCUAGCUUGAGCCCUGCCAGCCGCCGACGCCACCAGAGACAGCCAGAGCCCCAGAGCCACCAGAGCUGAAUCAAACAGCGGAUGCGCGGCAGCGAAUAACUGGACGGACUAACUGGUCAUCCCACCGUCCUCAGACAGCCAAGCGAUGCAGCUCGCGCGCACCGCGUCGAUGCGCCCGUUCAGCCGCCGGUCGUCCAAAAAGAAGCAGAAGGACGCCGCCGAGACCGCGCUCGUGGCGGCGUUCGCGCGACUGUGCACCGUCGAGGCCUCGCGAAACGAGCAGAAGCCCCGGUCACUAUUCGAUCUGUCCACGGACGAACCGCGACUCAGUUCGGACUUGUUCGCGAGCUGUGUGCUCGGUGAGUUCGACGGUGGUCUACCGAAAUCGCUCGCGGAAGUUGUGGUGAGGGCCUGCGACAAGGACAAGGACGGCUUGAUAUCAAAAUCUGAAUUCGCGAAGGCCGUAAAAAUCGCGCGACGGGGCGACGCGAAGCAACGGUUAGCUCUGGUCUUUGACGGUUCUAGAGACAAGGACGCGUCUGAAAUUGUAGCCUUGGCGAAGCAGAUCGUGGGAAGAGGCGCCAACGACGCGGAGUUGGCCGAUCGCGUCGCAGCUGCUCUAGGGGAGGCCUUCAAGGGGUCCAGUCGCUUAUCUCGAAAAAAGUUCGACGAGGCCGUGGAUGAGUUACCGGAGGAGGAUCGAGAACGAGCUUCCGAGGCGUGUGCUCGUGUCCUAUGUCCUGCUGCUCGCGGUGAUGGUGUGGUCCCCGCGGUGCGGAAGCGCUCGGACUCGUUCCGGUCGUCGCGGUUUCCGGUCGCGCCCCGCGUGGAAAUCAAAACUGCGCCUGCUCGACGGCGUGAGGUUCCACGCCAUCAGAAACCCAGCUCACUGGUCGAUACACAGGUCGAGCCGGACCCCGAGACGGCUCGAUAUAGACCGGAGCGAGCCGCUGCGGAUAGACUCUGGAGGGUGCUGAGGAAGCGGUCCGCGUCCGGGGCUGUUGAUGCUACUGUAGUAGCAUCAGCAUUACGAGUCGAGGACGUGUCCCAAUUAUUCGGGGACCGGGACGUGCUCCAUCGGAGAGAUUUUGUGGAUACCAUCGCACCUUUGUUAAAACUGUCGUCGAGUGCACCGCUACGAAGCAACGCGCGACGGGCGGCGUUCGUCGAGCCUGGGGAUGCGAGACCCGGCUCCGCGUUGCUGGAGCGCGACGUCUACCAAUCAUUGUCAUCAGAUUCUACACCAGUCACGGGCGACUGCCGCUAUGUCAUCUCCAGAAGAUGGCUAGACGACUGGGAGAGCUACGCGGGCGUGAGUACGGGGCGACCGCGGGGGCCUUCCACUCUCAUUUUUCCGGAGAAGACUUUGGGAUUCACGCUCGGUCUGUCGAAUGGUGCUCUUGUUGUUCGCAGUGUGAAACCGUCCUGUGCACAUAGUAGAACGCUGUCGAUCGGUGCCGCCCUGACGCAUUUGAAUGAUGUGAGGGUGGUCUGUGAGGAUGAAAACGAAUUUACGUCGUUACUUUCAUCAUUAAAACAAGCGGAGCGGCCCCUCAAACUCACCUUUGGGGGUCUCGACGACGCCCUAUCUCCGAGACCGCGACGCGGCGCCGACCGACCGUUCACGAUACGGAACGCGGAUCUCCUCGAAGCCAAGGAGAUCACGGAUUCACCCGAGAGUCCCGCUCGGUUACUGAGGCACUUGCAACAGGGUCGCGACUACGAAUUACUCUCGCAAGACGAGUGGCAGGCGCUAAAAGGAUGGUACGGCGCCGACGCGACGUUACAGCGCUUCUAUGUGGACGACGAGGCGGAGCCUAUGCUCGAAUUGUAUCCCUGUUUUGUCGAUGUGGUCGACGGCGACGACGAAACGGUCCUUACGACGCUGCAGUGUUCGCUGCGCGAUCCUCUACGACGCGUCGCGAGGAAGGUGCGGGAAGCGGUCGAACAACAUCGCGGGACGUCCAUCGUGGCCCACGCUCCUGUGUACCUGCGGACCGCCCAACUCAACGACGAGCGCCGCGUCGACGACGAAGGUUCUGUAACGAGCGAACCGAAACGUCGGUCGAAGUCCCCCGCUCGGUUAGAAGACACGCUGGAGGCGAUCGUAGAAAAUGAAGAUCGCGCGUGGGCGCGCGUCGACGACGACGAGAAGCGGAAAUCCCCGAGGAAGAGUAGACGACGCUACCGCUUCUGGCCCUCGUCGUCGUCGAAGAAGGACGACAACGGCGAAGCGCGAGGCUUGUGCAAUUUAGGUAAUACGUGCUACAUGAACGCUACUCUGCAAGCGCUCGCCGCCGCGCCACCUCUGAGAACUUAUUUCGCGUCCGGCGAGUACGCCUUCGACCUCAAUACCGAAUCAAAAUACAGCCCGAAAGGUGUCUUAGCCGCUGCUUUUGGGGACCUCGUGAGCGCUUUACAGGAAAAGAAAGGUGGGGCGUUCCGACCGAACCGGUUCCGGCGCGUCGUCGGUAGGUACGACGCGACGUUCGCGGGCUACCGCCAGCAGGACGCCUUUGAAUUUCUCGCUAAAUUAGUGGAGGGCCUCGGCGACGACCUGAGCGGCCGCGGGAGUGAGUCGAAGCCGUACUACGAGAAUCCUCAGCUCGUGAACUCGGAAUGUGAUAUCGAUGCCGUGAUUUCAUCAGAUGACCCAUCACUACGUAAAGCAGCUUCCGUGGAGGAGACGGAGGCACUCAUAGCUGCGAAGUGCUUGGAACAUGAGAGGUUACGACAUGAUCACUUCGUAUCGUACUCGUUGCUAGGCCAGACUCGCUAUCAACUGGAGUGUGAAAAAACGAAUGAAUCCUUAGUGUGCUACGAGCAGUGGACGGCACUCACUGUUAAUUUACCCCAUGGGCAACCUCGACUCGACGUCUUUUGUCGAGUGUCCUUCGCGGCGAACCGCGCCUGGCCUAUUGAUGUGCGCGUGGAGUUGCAACAGAAGCAGCACGCCGUCAUUGGGGACGUGUUGGAUGCCCUAGCUAAUCUAGAGGACCUUGCCGAGAACAAAUUAGAGCGGUCGCGAUUGGUCGCGUGUCGCAUCGAUGACGACGACCCGGCCUUGAUAGAAGCGAUUCUCGAUGACGGCGAUGCCUUGGAUCAAGCUUUAAGAAGGGGCGCGCCGGGCGUGAGACUGGUCAUUUACGAGGUUGCUGAUGUCGAAGAUGCUAUUCCAGCAAGGUGUGCGCGGGCGGCGUCUCCCGCAACUUCCGAGGAUCUGACGGCACGCGGGUCGUCGGAAGACCUCGAAGCAUCCAUCGAUCCGGACCAGCGGUGCGUCGUGCGCGUGUCGUUGCGAGCUUUAGUUGACAUGAGUGAGGAGGACGGGCUCUACUUUCUGUCGUCGGCGACGCCCGAGUUGCUCGGGGCGCCCUUCGCCGUGCGGUUGUCUCGUCGAGCGUCCUCUUGUAAGCUCUACGAGGCGGUCUGGAGUCAUAUCAAGAGGUACCUAGCAGACGUCCCGGACGAGGUCGAGGGGCGACGAAGGUACCCCUUUUUGUUGAGACGGUGUUUGAGCACGGACGAGGAUCCGGUCGUGCCGCCGCGACGAGACAGGAGGUGUGGUGAAAUAAUCACGGAGGAGGACGAUGCGAGUGUAGAGAUCCCGUUCCCCGAGCUGCGAGACGGCGAGCUCUUCGUGGCCGAUCUAGCGGAUGCGGCGCGCGAUCGCUUCGCGAAGGGUGACAGAGUAGUGUCCUACGCCCGCUCCCACGCGAGCAUGGAGGGCGAGGACGCCACGAGCGCGUUGCGCGACGACGCGGACCGCGGCGACAACUCGUCGCUCAAAGACUGCUUUAGAGUAGCGUUGGGCGCCCAGGACGUGCAACGACGAUCGCAGAAGACAGAAAAAGAUGAAACUUGGCGCGGGUCUCGUACGUUAUGUGCCUUACCACCUGUCUUGGUGGUGCACCUCAAACGCUUCGGCGAGACCGGUGGUGGGAGACGAGUUAAACGUACAGCUAGGGUCGACUUUCCCCUGGAUGACUUGGAUCUCGGAGCUUUUUCAGGAUCGCACCUGCAGGACGAGGAGGCGUGUGUGUAUGACUUAGUUGCUACCGUUGAUCAUUUAGGAGGCUUAAAUGGGGGCCACUACACGGCGGCGUGUCGCGUGACGCGAGACGGCGUCUGUGCGCGGGGCGACGCGUGGGUACGGUGUGACGACCGGUGCGUAUCGCCCUUAGAUGCUGACAAAGUCGUAGCUCCGUCGGCCUACGUCUUGGUUUAUUUGCGACGCGGGGCUUCUCCGGAGUUGAUUCGAGAGGCGUUACCACGUAGGGAGGAGGAUUCGGUUGACGUGUCCGCCUUGUUGGCUGGUGUCACUAAAUCAAGACGGUCUCGCUCUACUUCUGCCCGGCCCGUGAAGCCGGAGGAGCCCUCUACAGAAGACGUGAAGCCGAUCACGCUCAAACGGCGAUUAUUAAACACCAUGGGCUUCACGAAGACGCCGCGGGAGCGGUCGUCGUCCGAGGACUCUAAGUCCGAACCGGUGGAGGCCGUCGUCGUCCCGGCAUCUGACGCCGUGGAGGGCGUCGUCGUCGGCGAUGAGCCCCCUCCGCUGACUUCUCUGGAGGCAUAACUUUUGUAUAUUUA